AUGUUCGCUCAACGGCUGGGCGCCCGCGCCAUCAUGCGGGAUGGUUCCCGUAUAUUUGGUCAAUCAGAUUCGACCCUAACUCGCAACAUUGAAGCCUGUAAUACAAUAGCCACGAUGCUCAAAACUUGUCUAGGUCCAAAUUCCAUGAACAAGCUCAUAGUUAAUCAUAUCAAUAAGCGUUUUGUGACAUCAGACGCCAUUACUAUAUUGGAACAGUUGGAAGUACAACAUCCCGCUGCUAAAAUUCUGGUAAUUGCGGCACAAGCUUUGCAUUCUGAGUUUGGAGAUGGUGUCAACUUUCUAGUCAUAUUUGCCGGUGAAUUAUUGAACAACGCUGGAUUUCUUAUUGAUCAGGGGCUGCAUUUGAACGAUGUAAUCAAAGGUUAUGAAAUGGCCCAUGAGAAGUGCCUUGAGUUGAUGAGCGAGCUAGUGGCUUACACCUGCAAAGAUUUACACUCAAACAUUCAACUACAAUUGGCGAUAAAGGGCGCUGUAUGUUCUCGGCAAAAUGCUUUAAUUGCUGGAGUGGACAAAUUAGUAGCUGAAGCUGCAUCCAUGAUAAUGCCAAGAGACCCAAAACUAUUUGAUAUAGACUCGAUACGCGUUUCUAAAAUUGUAGGGGGGAGUACCGAAACUUCAUUCGUCAUAAAUGGAAUGGCUUUGCUACAAGAUACAAGUGGAAGUGUCAAAUCUUGCAAAAAUACUAAAGUGCUGGUGCUUGGUACGGGUUUUGAAACGCACACCACGGAAGCUAAAGGGACUGUAUUGUUUACAAAUGCCGAAGAGCUGUUAAAUUAUUCUAAAGGUGAAGAUGAUCAACUGGAAAAGAUUGUGAAAGGGAUUAAGGAUUUGGAUGUUGGUUGCAUAAUUGUGAAUGGAAGUGUCUCCGAAAUGGCAAUACACUUCGCUAACAAGUACCAAAUACUAGUCAUCAAAGUUGUUUCAAAAUUCGAUGCACGCCGCUUAUGCAGAUUGUUAGGAGCCACUGCACUGGCCAGAAUGGAAAUACCUACAAAAGAUGACUUAGGCAGCGUAUCCUCUAUUGAUGUUAUUGAAAUGUCUUCACAAAAGGUCACUAUAAUAAAUGCCACUGAUAACCGUGUGGUGUCCAUAAUUCUAAAGGGGGCAACAAUGAACGUUUUAGAUGAGCUAGAAAGGGCCAUUGAUGAUGGUAUAUGCUGCAUCAAGUCUAUGACAAAGGAUGCUAGGUUUUUAGCAGGAGCAGGCUCCACCGAAAUGGAGUUAUCAGUACAACUGACUAACUGGGCAAAACAAUUGAGUGGAAUGGAAAAACAUUCAGCGCUGAAGUUUGCGGAGGCAUUGCAAAUAAUCCCCAACACUUUGGCUGCAAACGAAGGUUUUAAUGCUGCAGAUGUUGUUACAUUAUUGUAUGCUAGUCAUGUUAAGGGCAACAAAUUUGCUUGCGUCAACGUAUCCUCCAGCAACUCUGAGUGUCUAUCUGAUGCCACCGAAUUAUCAAUCUAUGACCACUACAAUAUGAAGAUGUAUGCGAUUAAACUGGCUUUUGAGGCGGUAAUUACGGUUUUGGGCAUUGACCAGGUGAUAAUGGCCAAGCCCGCAGGCGGUCCUAAGCCACGCGACCCAGGGCCCCCGGAUUUAGAUUAG